UUGAAACGAAGUCUAACCUCAAAGUUGGCGAACGAGGAGCCACUGUGCAAAUGAUUUGAUGUGACGGUGUAUCAAAACAGUCUAUAAAUUAGUAAUCGGAGAAGAAUGUUAAUUGCAAACUAGUAAAUCUUAAAAACAUCGUCAUUCUUUAGAAUCUAAGCCACUCCAUUAAGUAAAAUGAAUUCCCUUGUCACGUACGUUCUUCUCAGUAUAUUUGCGUUAGUAUCAGCGACGGAAUUGGAGUACGAUGGUUGGCUUCAAUUGAGGUUAUGGCAUGCUGUAAACAACGAUCCUGUGCCAAACUUUGAGGAAAGAGGAAAUAUCACGGUAUCCAGUAUACGUAGCCCAGUGUUUGCUGUUAGCCAAUCUAGCUUAAAGCCUUAUGAAAUCGAGCAGCUAAAGGUCCUUGCUGAACAGGAUGGAACAUAUCGGUUAAGGGUGCUGGUUCGAAGUUCUUCCGGGAGCGAGGUCGUUCUACAUAGUUUUGUCCGUGCUUGCCUUCUGCUUGGAUCAAACUUAGAAGACAUUAUAUCUAUAUGGCUCGAUAGUGCAGCUGAGCCGAUAGCUGUAAACCUUUAUUCAUUAGGUCCCUGUUCAUACGAAGAUCCUUUAUCGGAUACAUGGAUCACAAAUGUUAAUGUAAAAUAUACAGAAUCUGGUCCAAUACCAGAUACUGCUUCUUACAUCCAGAAAUUGGAGAGAGAGCGAGAAGCUAGAGAAAGGGGAGAGACCAAAGACAAUCGAUCAUUCCUUGCAAAAUAUUGGAUAUACAUUGUUCCUGCAUUAAUUUUUGUCAUCCUAACAUCGGCAACGAAUCCAGAGGCUGGUGGCGGUGGUGGUGGUGGAAGUGUUCAAAGACAAUGAAUGUUCAUAUUAUUUAAGGACAUUAAUAUUAUACUUGCAAGGCACACAUUGUUGCAACUAAGUAUUUAAAUGUAAGGGGUGCAUUCAUAUUUAUAUGCGUAUGCAUUAAUAUUAAAUGAAGUAAUAUAAUUAAUGAAAGAAGUUACGUAUGGAAUAAAUAAAGAAAAUGUUUACCUGAUUUAUAAGGUAAUAAAGCUUAACGUUUUUAAAUUAAUGAA